AUAUAUAUAUAUGUACUAUGGGGUGAGGAACGUGGCAGCCACCCCCAUUGCUUGGAUAGACAUGGCAUCCACCUUGUCCAUAUAUAUAAUAUAGAUAUAUAUGUGUGCAUAUAAGUAGUGGUUAGCUGAAUCUCCGGGUCAGGACCAAUCUGCCUUGCAAGUAUGGCUCAGCGUGCAGAAGCAGCCGCAGCCGCCGAGAGGCAGAUUUCGGUGGAUCCAAUUUCUCUCAAAGAAAAAGAAGCAGCAGAAGCAGAAGAAGAUGAUCGCAUCCAUAAAAAAUCUUAUGGUGGGGCAAAAAUGGAGGUGAUCUCUUCUCCACAGAAUAAAUUUUUGUGUAAAUUCAUAAACUGCAGCCUGCCAAACUCACCAAGGCAGCAGAAGAAGAAAUACGAGGAGGGGCGUGUAGGUGUAAUGGCUCGGCAGCACUCGGUGGCUAUCAGCAAUCUGGAGCGGCUACGACAAAGCCACUUGCGGAGGAGCAAGUCAUGCGGCGAAGGAAGACUAUGCCAACCAUCCAUUGACUUUGAUAUGUGCACCACCACCACCACCACCACCACCACCACUACCAAUAAGAAUAAGAAUAAGAUGGAAGGUCAUGGAAUGAAUAAAGAAGAAGAAGCAACAGAAGAAGAAGCAACAGAAGAAGAAGAAGAAGAAGAAGAAGAAGACGGAGAAGAAGAUAAAGAGAAAAAGAAAGAAAUGGUAUUCAACAACAAGAAAGGAGGCGAGGAAACAUAUGAAGAAAAGUUCAAAUGUGGGGCGUGCAUGUUCCUUCCAGGCUUUGGCAAAGGCAAAGCAGUGAAAGCGAGAAAGGAUCCCGAAACACAUGAGGUAUUGACAACACAUAUAGACAUGAUGGUUUCACAUAGGGCGUCUCUCGAGAAAUUUGAAUGCGGUUCAUGGAGGUCAUCUGCCAUGAUUAAUUACGAUGAUGAAUAUCAUCAUAAUAAUAAAAAAGAUGGCGAUGUUGAUGAUGAUGAUGAUACCUCAAAUCUCUUCUUUGAUCUUCCAGUCGAGCUCAUACGAUGCAGUAGUGUCAACGAUACAGACUUCCCAGUCACCACUGGUUUUAUGUUCGACAAUAAUAUUAUUAUUAAUAAUAAUAAUAAGGAUUCUCAACGCAAAGGAGUUCUCAAAACUGCUGUUGGAACUAAUAAUAAUGGUGCUGAUAGGAAAUCGAACGUCGAAUCUUUCAAUUCAUCCCGACAUGUUCGUUUCUCUACUUCCUCCUCUCCUGCUUCUCCAACUUCUGCUUGCAUUACCCCUCGCCUUCUCAAAGCCAGGGAUGACUUCAAUGCCUUCUUAGAAGCACAGACAGCAUGACUCUUUUUUCUUUUCCCACCAAUUCUAUUGCUCGACGAUUCCUUCCUUUUUCAUUUUACUUGUUUGUAUCUUGGAGUGAAAUUAUUCAUGUUCUGAUUGCUCGAUCAUGAGGGUGCUUUGAAAUCAUGGAAUUCACCUUUUGGAAAUGCUAUAUAUACUUGUUACU